GAAUGGCAGAUUCCCUCAAUCAGAACAUCUUCAGCUACAGUGAUGCAUCUAACAGAACCAAUAACAGUUCUUAUGAAGAGGACAAAGUAUCUUUGCAAAUCUUGCACUGGGGAAAUUUGAUCACCCUUUGUGCCGGACUUCCUCUGACUCUGGUGGCCAUGUUUGCUGUUUUAUCAAAGGUGAAAGAAGAUCAUGGUGCUCCAGUUUACAUCUUCAACCUUCUGAUUUCUGAUAUCAUGCAGUACUGCAGCAGAAUUCCUAUGAUUUCACCCGAACCUCAUGUUUUCUAUAUUAUUGCCUUAGAUGUUAGCAUUUCAGCCAGUAUUGGAUUCAUGAUGUGUAUCUCCCUGGAAAGGUAUCUGGUCAUUGCCAAGCCGCUGUGGUACAGAUUUAGAAGAAACAUCAAGACAUCUGUGUUGGUCUGUGUCGCAGUCUGGAUCUUUUCUUUUCUUAAUAACAUUGACAUGUAUUUGCUUUUGGAAUUUCAUAUUGUAAAAAUCAUUCAGGCUGCUGGUCUCCUCCCACCUCUUCUCUUGUUCAUCUUCUGCCUGGUUGGGACCAUUAAAGCUCUGUCUGAAGUUCGGAGUGUCUCUGCUGAGGAAAAACGUCGAAUUGUUUCAAUUCUGGUUGCGGUGUUGCUCAUAUAUGUUCUACUUUUCAUCCCCAACAUGAUAUAUUUUCUGGUGGAAAAACCCUAUGAAAAUUUUCCUGUCUUUACUGGGGUUACAAUUGGUAUUUUUCUUAGUCCUCUUGCAGACUCAGCUAUGUGUAUUUUUCUGAGGAAAAGUGCGGUUGACAGGGUUUUGAGCUCAUUGUGUUGCUGUGUGACGUCUAAGAAUCAGGAGAUCAGCAACACUGAUGAUGAUUUGUCACCUCAACAUACUGCAGCAGUUUAGGUGCCACAGAAGCACAAACAGUUUUUUACAUUGUAUGGAAUUCUUAUGGAUAAUUUGCAAGAGAGAAAUUAUCCAUAAUUAUACAUUCAGAUGAGAUUUGACUGCUUGGCUCUCUGAGUUGUCAGUUUAAACACUUAGAAAGUGUCAGAGUUUCCAGUGAAAAAAGUUUUUCAACAAAAAAUUAUAAAAGCAGUAAAACUUUAUUUAUUCAGCUGUGUACAAUUUAGUUUUUCUGCUAUGUAAUUGAUUCUGAACCACAUACUGUUUUUCUGAAAUGUUUAUUAUAUAUAACAGAAAUAUUCAAUUGAACUAGAGGUUUCUUUAUA